AAUGGAAAACACCCGUCCGGUUUGGUUUUUCAUUUUAUGACGAUGAGGUAUCGGUGGUUAACUGUGCGUUUGAGACGCUUGAAUCCACGGUAAACAAAGCGCGAAGCAAGUGAUCGUCGACAUGCCACAGCGUUGUUCUGUGCCGCUCUGUAGUAAUUAUGGUGGACAUCAGUUCCCAAAAGACAAAUAUAAACGUUUUCAGUGGAUUGUUGCAAUCAAAAGAAUUGAUCCGAAAUCAAAAAAGUUGUGGGAGCCUAAGAAUGCAGAUGUUGUUUGCCACCUUCACUUCUGCGAAAGUGAUUACAGGGACACGUCAGAUUAGAAGCCAUAAUAUCGAUCAUUAUCAAUGUAAAACACAUUUUAUAAACUUAAUGAUGAUAUUUGUCUUCCGUUUUUAUUCAUAUUCAAUUUGAGUUUCAAUUUGAUGUCAUAAAUACAGGCCAAGUAAUUGCUUCUUGUUGCGUGUUGGAAAUUUUGAUAAAAGGGCUCAUCACUUAUAAAUUCUGGCUAUAUACUAGAGCUUCCUUCCUCUAUUUCUUAGAACAAGUCAGUCUUCUUAACAAUAAAGUCAGUUCAGAUGAUGCAAUUCCUAGCCUGUAUUGCAUUAAUGAUUUCAUAUUGCUUGUAUGUACAUACAAGUGCAAGAACUUUGAAUUACAUUGCAUUUAUUUGAUUUGCAUGUGUUCGUGUUGCUUUCUGUUUUCUUUUAUAUUUCAGAAUGACGAAGGGAAUGGUAAUGACAGCUGACCGCCUUCGCCUUAAAGAAGAUGCUGUUCCUUCCAUUCUGAUCCCUGGGGAGGAAGUUUCUGGCCCAAGCCCAAGACAGUUAAGAUUUAAGAGGAGAAACCAACCACUGGAGGAACCUGACAUUAUGGCCAUGGGUGUACAGCAAGAAGUGGUUAUAGAUCAUACAGUAAAGACUGGGCAGGCUGAUCAAACACCAACAGAAAUCCAGGAUCUAGGAAAAAAAUUUGUGCAAAAUCCCUUUGCUAUGAAAUGUUCCAUUGAAAAUUUUAAAGAUAAUGCAGAUGCUGUUUCGUAUUACACUGGUUUCAGUAAUUACGAUCAGUUUAUGAUAUUUUAUCACUGUCUUGGUCCAUGUGUAAAUGAAUUAGAUUACAAAUGUGUAACUUUAGAACCAAGGGAUCAACUUUUUUUAACUUUGAUGAAAUUGAGACAGGCUAAAGAGGAUUUUGAAUUGUCACUUUUCUUUCAAGUUUCAGUGUCAACUGUAUCUAGGAUUGUAACAACCUGGAUAAAUUUUUUGUAUUUCCAGUUAAAGGAAAUGAACAUAUGGCCAUCACAAGACACAGUUCAAGAUUUUAUGCCUUCAAAUUUUGCAGAGAAGUUUGCAAACACUAGGGUUAUACUGGAUGCCACCGAAAUACCAGUUGAGAAGCCGUCAGACGUCAAUGCUCAGUCCAUCACUUGGUCAAAUUAUAAGCAUAGAAAUACUAUAAAGGCAAUGAUUGGAGUGACUCCCAGAGGGGCUGUGUCAUAUGUUUCCGAUGCUUAUGGUGGGUCUGCAAGUGAUAGAAUGAUUAUUGAAAGAUCUGAUUUAUUGAAAGAUGGUAUGUUUGAGAAAGGCGACAGCAUCAUGGCUGAUCGAGGCAUCAUGGUGCAAGAUCUCUUUGCUAACAAGGAUGUUCAAGUAAAUACUCCAACAUUUUUGAAAGGUAAAUCCCAACUUGAAGCCCAUGAAGUAGUACAUGAUCGACGUGUAGCUUCAAAACGCAUACAUGUAGAAAGGGUCAUUGGUCUGGCAAAACGUUUUAAAAUUCUAAAGAAUGAACUUAGUCACAGCAAAAUUCAGCUUGGAUCCCGAAUCAUUUAUAUCUGCUUUGUGCUAAGCAAUUUUAGAAGGUCAGUUGUAGAUAAAUUUGCAUAAGUUGUGAUGAUAUUAAAGCAAAAGAGGCUGAAUGAUCAUGUGCAGUUUUAAACAGAUUUUCUCAAUUCAUAUCAUUUCUUGUGAAUUAAUCACAUUUUAUGUUGAUCAGUCCUCGACAAUUGGUUUUAUUGAAUUCAUACAUAUAUGAAUAAUAUAUAUAUGAAGGUAGUGACACUAGCAUUUACUUAUCUAAAUAUAAUUCAUAUAAGAUAUGCUUGUUAGCAUUGUAAGAUAUUCACCAUCAUAAAAUUUCUCUCUAUUCUGAUAUUUACUCAGUUUGAAAAUACUGAUCCAAGCUAUUGCCUUGGUUAAUAUUUUUAAAUUUAGAAUAUAUCACACCAUAUUGACAUAAUGAAAAGUCCAAAAUUUCAGAUUACAUAUUGGGGGCAAUUUUAUUAGGCAAUCUGAAGUGUUCCCUGCAAUACUUCACAACACGUAGUCAAUUUUAUGGAAAUAUAUUGUUUCAUUUGUAGCAUACAUUUAAGUAGUACAGAAGGAGGUGGUUUCAAAGUAAGGCCAAUUCAACCUAAUUAGUAGAUUAUCAU